UCUAUUUAAAACCAAUGGAGCAUGUAUAACACAUCAAUACAAUUCAGUCAGAUUGAAGAGUUGGGGACAGUAAAGACGGGUUUACUUUUCACACAAAGCCGAGGAAAGUGGGAUACCUCCAGAGAGUCGCACCUUUAGAUAGGCGUGGAGAAGCUCAGGAUCUGCCUUUAAAGCUCCCCGGCUUCUUACUUACUUGUAUGCAGUUACAGGACUAAACCAACGCCACGAUGCUGACUUCCAUCCAGCUGAUGAUUUUGCUUUUUUGGACGAGCAUUAGCUCAGCUAUUGCGGAGAAACUUUUCCAUAAUCGGGACCAUUCUGAUGUGCAGAUGCUUAAUUCUCACCAAGCUAAGGUUAUAACAGACAAGCACACCGCAGAGUUAUUUCUCUCUAGAUAUGGAUUCAUUAAGCCAGUGAACUGGGAGGAGAUCCAGUUUGAAGAUUCAGACGCUUCUUUUAAUGAUGACUUCCUGGGUGACCUAAAAGACACAAUCCAGGAAGGUUCGUCAGUGCAUCGCUCAAGGGACGCCAAUUUGGAUGAUGAUCGAGAUGACCGCAACAGUCUAACCGAGAGCCAAGCAUUUAUUUCAGCACUUAAAGAGUUUCAAAGGGUAUCAGGCCUGCCUGCCACAGGCGUGUUUGACGAGGCCACCAAGGAGGCAAUGAACAAACCGAGGUGUGGAGUCCCUGACAACGAAAUUGACCUGGACACCCCUGAGAACAGCACUGCCUCAGAUACUGAAAACAGUACAAAUGACACUUUCAGUCAGCCUGAUAGUAUCACAGCAAGUAAUACAACCAAUGACACCUCUUUUGGUACUCUUCACUCCUUUGACGAUGACAUAUUCAGUGUUAAUGACACAGAAACUAUUCUCACAGGUAAUGACACCAGCAGAAAUUCCACAGACUUGUAUGAUCCUAUUUUCAAUAUCACUUCUCCAAGCAGCUCACAUGAUAUCAACACAGAUGGUCAAAUGGUAAAUAUCAGUGUGAACACCCAUCAGAGCGAAGCAGUACGACGCAGGAAACGCCACCUCGCCACUAUUGUGUCCAAAAGCAGGCGCAAGAGAGAUCUGAGUGAAACAGGCUACAUGGCCUUUUCUAAGAGGGUUUUGAAAUGGAGGCUGAUAGGAGAAGGUUACAGCAGCCAGCUGUCCAUUGAAGACCAGAGAUACAUCUUCAGAAUGGCCUUCAGGAUGUGGAGCGAGGUGUCUCCGCUGGACUUUGUGGAGGAUACACGUUCCCCGCUGGAGGAGAUUGAUAUCAGGCUGGGUUUUGGCACAGGAAGGCAUCUGGGUUGCAAUCAGAGGUUUGAUGGCACUGGUCAAGAGUUCGCCCACGCCUGGUUCCUGGGUGACAUACACUUCGAUGACGAUGAACAUUUCACUGCUCCCAAUGCUGGCAGUGGGAUCAGUCUCCUCAAAGUUGCAGUUCAUGAGAUCGGCCAUGUUUUGGGUCUUCCUCACAUCUACAGAUCAGGCUCUAUAAUGCAGCCCAGCUAUCUGCCUCAGGACUCCGGCUUUGAGAUGGACUGGAUGGACAGGAAAGCCAUACAACACCUCUACGGGGGCUGUAAGGGUCGAUUCAACACAGCAUUUGAUUGGAUCAGAAAGGAGAAGACGCCCUACGGGGAGGUUGUCAUUCGCUUUAACACCUAUUUCAUGAGGGACGGCUGGUACUGGCUGUAUGAGAACAGAAAUAACCGAACACGUUAUGGAGACCCAGUUGCACUGCAGGUUGGCUGGCGGGGAAUUCCCAUGGAUGGAGUGGAUGCAUAUGUGCAUGUGUGGUCCAGAAAAAGAGAUGCCAUUUACUUCUUUAAAGGUGCUCAUUUCUGGAGGUAUGACAAUGAGAAUGAUCAGGCGUAUAGACAGGACCCUGAAGGUCACCGCUAUCCGAAGUUGAUCUCUGAAGGUUUCCCAGGGGUGGUCAGUCCCAUUGACACAGCCUUUUAUGACAGGAGGGACUCUCGCAUCUACUUCUUCAGAAACACUCUUGUGUAUGCAUUCAACGUGGAAGCCAACAGCUUGGCAAGAGGCUUCCCCAAAAACAUCAGAGAUGUUUUCCCUCCAGUGGUGAGCAGGGACCAUCCAGAUGGCAACAUUGACGCUGCCUACUUCUCCUACACCCACAAUGCCAUCUUUCUACUCAAGGGCACACGCUUCUGGCAGGUGGUGGGCAGCCGCGAUCGCUGGCGCCGGCCCUUUCUGCCACGAAAUGGCCUGCUGCCACACAAGGAGGUGGAUCAGCACUGGUUCGACAUCUGCAAUGUUCAUCCCACUGCACUCAAACUAACCCGCUGAGUUUGCU